AUGUCUGAAUAUUACUUCAAGAUACGGAAGUAUUCUAAUUAUGGAGAGUUAAUACCCGCCCCCAAGGGUUUUUUAUCUCCAAGGAGACCCACAGAUAUUAAUAAAUGGCAACAUCAUCAAGUAGACAACACACUAUCCAUGAGCAUAAUGAAGAAUGCUACGAAUAGCAUUCGUAUUCGAGUAUUCUGGGGGACUGACCGUGUUUUGGAAGAUACAGAUACUGGGCUUCUGAAGUGGACAGAUGGAAGCUCGACUUCAUUUUGCCCCAUUCAGUUUUCUGCUAAAAGUCCAUCUAUAAUGUGCAAAUUCUUAAUUAUUGAAAGUGGCAGGUUAUUUAUUAAAAGAUUUCAGAUUAGUUUCUAUACUGAUAACGAUUAUCAACGAUGUAACAUGGUAUUGAAUGAGCUUGGAUUCGUGAUACGCGCUGCGAACACAACAAGUACACGCGCCUCUGAUGAGAGUUCUUUGAACAACAGCGCACUGUUAUGCUCUCAGUUUGCGAACAAUUGGCCAAGUGGGAACAUUCAGGCAUCUUUUUCAGAAAAUGCACCCAAUAAGCUCCACCCACCACUGUUUAAUCCUGCUGUACAGGAAGCAAAUGCACUAUCGCCGUCUCAUUUCAGUUUGCAAAAUGACACAGAUAUUUCAAACAUGUCUCGCUUUUCCUCCGACUCUAUGACGGUAAGUAAAUCUCAUUUAGAAGCUUUAAAUGCUGCAAAAGUGAACUGUAAACCGAUUCAACAUUUACCGGUGCUUCUUACCGAGGAAAGUAGAAUUGACACACAGAUAAUAAAUCCUCUACAGAACCAAUCAAGCAAUUCCAAUGACUCUUCAUCAACCCUGGGUCAAAAUAAUCAGCAAGUUUUGAAUAACUUCAAAGUUUCAAGCCAUGAGAGUGAGGAAGAAUUACGUCCUGGACUUUUACUGCAAAAUAGUUUACCUACCACUCUGACCAUAGAUUCUUCAACUACUGCUCCUUCCCCAGGACAAUUUAAGGAACUAACAAAAUCGGUAACGCAAUUUCAACCCAAUGAUCACCAAAAAAUUCGGCAUUCCAUUAUUGACCAAUCCCAAGCCAAGUUAACUGCAAUUGGAUCUGAACUAGUUGCCAAUUAUAGCCACCAUGUGGUGUCGCCAGCAAAUUUCAAGGACCCAGAUCAACGCAGACAUCCACAAAAAACUGUAAACAGUGAAGUAGAAGUGGAUACAUAUAGAGAACCAGAGCGAAAAGCUCAAGAAGAAGCUCAAGAAGAAGCUCAGGAAACCAAAAUCAUCGAUUUCACGAUCCCACAAAUUACGGAAGAGCUCCUAAAGUCAAAAUUGAAUGAUCCGCAGUUUAUGAAAUGGGUAUGUAACAGGCCGAUAAAGAGGCUUCGUAUUCGGUUUUAA